AGGGCCUUUGAGAUUGCACAUCUGAUGGGGCUGGAUCAGGUUCCUGUCCACUUCACCGUGUGACCCUACUUUGUCCGUCUUGUUGAAUGGGAAUAGAGACCCCACCUGCCAGAAUUGUACGAUCUGAAGCAGGUUAGUACCGUGAGAGUCUCGGUAAAGUUGCUUCUACUGUCCACAGGCCUCUCCAACCGUUCAGUGUCUUUAUUGUGUUUGCUCUGCCGCCAAACUAAUCUUUACUGAUUACUCCAAAAUCACCCCACUCCCAUGCACUUAGGGCUGCUGAUAUCCACUAAGUGUUGUGAGGUCAUUUGCAUGAACUUGCACCAGAGUAGAACCAUGCAAGUUUUUACAGGGCUACACAUUUACCAAAAUAAACUCUUGAUUUCCUGUUACUUGAAAGAGGAACAGACUGAGUGAAGAGAUGCUGUCAGUUUAGUAGUUAAACGGAAAGAAAAGCAAAGACCUCUAAAAAGUCAUUUGGAAACAUCUCUAAAUAUUUGUAACUGUAUAAGCCACUACCGAGAAAGUGACCCAAACAAAACGACUUAAAUAACUGAAACAGGUUUAUGUUCUGUGUCAUCAAUUCCAUCCCGAAGCUGAGGAGUCUCCCUUUGAACUGAAGGAUUGUACGAGGAUGACCUUCCAAUUUAAUUUCACUAUAGAAGACCAUCUGGAUAAUGAAUUAACACCCCCUGGAGAUGGAACUUUGACCCCAAUUUCCUCAAAAGAGUCUUCAGUCUCAGAAAGUCAAAAAGGUAAACAGGGGGACACAAAAUGUUCUACAGAGCAGUCUGUCUUGCCUCCGAAUCACUCGUGGGGACCUACGUCAGUGGGACAUGCAGCUCCCUCCCAAGACACAUGCACCUCACUCAAUGCAGCUCACAGUUCAGGGAACUUAGAGCCUCAUGAAAAACAGCCUUGCUUGAGACUUGCCAAAGAGCAUGCUGUGCCUAAAGAUUUAAAGAAAGUGUUAGAAAAUAAAGUCAUAGAAACAUUACCAGGUCUCCAGCACGUUAACAUAUCAGUAGUGAAAACCGUCUUGUUGAAAGAGAACUUCCCUGGAGAAAACAUCGUUUCAAAGACCUUUUCUUCUCACUCUGAUCUGAUUACCGGUGUUUAUGAAGGAGGUUUAAAAAUCUGGGAAUGUACCUUUGACCUCCUGGCUUAUUUUGCAAAGGCCCAAGUGAAAUUUGCUGGGGGGAAAGUGUUGGAUCUUGGCUGUGGAUCAGGGUUGCUGGGUUUAAUUGCACUCAAGGGAGGGGCUAAAGAAGUUCAUUUUCAAGAUUAUAACAGUUUGGUGAUCGAUGAAGUAACUUUACCUAACAUGGUGGCUAACUCCACUUUGGAAGAUGAAGAAAAUGACGGAAAUGAGCCGGAUGUGAAAAGAUGCAGGAAAUCGAAAGUAGCACAAAAACUAGGUCAAUGCCGGUUCUUUUCUGGGGAGUGGUCUAAGUUUUGUAAGCUUGUAACCAGUGAAAAACAUUUUGAAAAAUACGACCUCAUUCUCACCUCAGAAACGAUUUACAAUCCAGAUUACUAUGGUACUUUGCACCAAACAUUCCUUCAAUUGUUAGGUAAAAGUGGGCGGGUGCUUUUGGCCAGCAAAGCACAUUAUUUUGGUGUAGGUGGAGGUGUUCAUCUCUUUCAGAAGUUUGUAGAAGAAAGGAAUGUAUUUAAGACUAGAACACUUGAAAUAAUUGACGAAGGACUAAAAAGAUUCCUAAUUGAAAUGACUUUUAAGUAUCCCAGUUAAUGUCCAUGGAGUGUCCUAAGUAAAAUAAACAGAAUAACUAAAAACUUGUUUAGAGUGUUUAAUUUCUGCUUUGCUAUUUUUUAUAAUACAAUUAGCAAGGGUCUUAUUUUUUAAUAUUUUUUGUUGUUGUUGAUGGCAUCACAGAUGUCUCCCAUUUUCUCUCCCUUUCCCCGCUCCUCCCAGGCCCUCCUCCCUCCCCCCCAGGUCUUCACCAUCCUACUGCCCAUGUCCAUGGGCUAUGCAUAUAAGUCAUUGGGUUCAUCUCUUCUCGUCCCCCACAACCCCACAUCAAAGUAUGUCAGUCUGUUCCAUGCCUCCAUGCUUCGGGUCUUAUUUUGAGAAAUUAGGAUUCAAUAAAAUCUAUUUACUGGACAUCUGUUAACUAGGUACUUUGUAUAGCAUCUUGCUUAAAAUGAGGCAUAUAGCAUCCUCAUUUUAAUAAUGGUCACAAUAGCUAACAGUUCUCAGUAUUUACUAUGUGCAGGGCAGAAGAGCUUUAUAUAUACUAACAUUUAAUAUUAAUAACAGCCCUGAAUUAGGUUAUGGUUCAGGUUAUAAAUAGUAUUUCCAUUUUAUAAAGAAAUUGAGAGUCAAGGAACUAAUUAAAUCCCUGUCACAUUUCUCACCUUGAAUCAGAAUCUGAACUGAUGUCUAUUUAAAAGCUUUUAUUUUUUUUUAUUUAUU